AUGUCUUAUUAUGAUAAUAUCUUAGAUGUGCUCUCUAAGGAGCCAGUCUGGUCGCUAGAGAAUGAACAGGCCAUACUAGAACCGUUUACAUACAUUACCUCUAAUCCAGGCAAAGAAAUACGCGGGAAACUCAUCGAGGCAUUCAACAUAUGGCUAAAAGUCCCCAGCGACAAACUGCAAGUCAUUGCCAAAAUCGUAAACAUGCUCCACGCAGCCAGUCUCAUGGUCGAUGAUAUAGAGGAUGACUCCCAAUUGAGAAGAGGGACACCCGUGACACACAAGAUCUAUGGCAUCCCUCAGACAAUCAAUACAGCCAACUACGUGUACUUUCUAGCCUAUCAAGAACUCUUUGCCCUUCGCGGAUCCGAGACUUCAGAUCCACCUCGACAACCUCUUGAUGCGUUGGUUACUACGGAACUGCUAUCGCUGCAUCGCGGACAAGGUUUGGAGAUACUUUGGCGUGACUCGCUCCAAUGUCCCUCCGAGGAAGAGUAUGUCAGAAUGGUCAACAACAAAACCGGUGGCCUACUCCGUAUAGGGAUUAAACUCAUGAUGGCAUGCUGCACGACGAACGUGGAUGUUGACUAUGUGCCCCUGGUCAAUCUAAUAGGAGUUUACUUCCAAAUCCGCGACGAUUUAAUGAACCUGCAGAGCACAGAGUACACGUCAAACAAGGGUUUCGCCGAAGACUUGUCAGAAGGAAAGUUCUCCUUUCCAGUUGUUCAUGGAAUCCAUGCGGACAAGUCGAAUCGCCAAGUACUCAACGUGCUCCAAAAACGGCCCACAACGCCGACAUUGAAGAUCCACACCAUCAGCUAUCUCAAGAAUGUCACCAAGUCAUUUGACUACACGCUAUCUGUGAUGGCGAACCUUGAAGCUCAAACUAGAGCAGAAAUAUCGAGACUAGGGGGCAACAAAGGUCUAGAGGCCAUCAUGGACUUGCUGCAUGUGGAUGCAAGCAAGUUUUCAUGA